GCCGCUUAGUGCGCUACCGUCGGCUUGGGUUGUUGUUUCCUAUCCGCCAUUUUCCAGUCGCCAUUGAAAGGUGAAAACUUCACUAAAUGUCGGUGAUGAUUUUAAGAUUUUGAGUGGUUUCUUUAAGAUUAAAUCAGUUUUUAGUGUUGUGAAAUGAAAAUGAAGUGUCCCGGACUACCAUGACGCAUCAAAAUCACCAAACAAACGGUGCAAGUCUCGAGGAUUGCCACACAAACUUCUUCGCCUUGACGGAGUUGUAUGGCAUAAAAUGGCGUAAACUGGUGUGGGGCGAAACGAGCGGCGUGGGUGCCGAGGGCGAGGAGGGCGCCGCGCCGCUCGCGGACCCCGUCAUCAGCAGCUACGCCCGGUGCCUGGCCGGGGACAUCCUGUGCGUGUGGCGGCGUGCCGGCCCGCAGCCGCUCGACAUAGACAUCGGGCUGGCCGCGCCGCCGCCGCUCUCCCUGCGCGCCUCCAAGGAACUCUGGAUCUUCUGGUACGGCGAAGAGCCGGACCUCAACGGACUCGUCGCACCAGAACUCAUAACAAGCCAAGGCGAUCAAGGUUCCUGGGAGAGCGGGCUGUCGUACGAGUGUCGCUCGCUGCUGUUCAAGGCGUUGCAUAAUUUGAUCGAAAGAUGCCUUCUGUCUCGCGACUUCGUUCGUCUCGGCAAGUGGUUCGUGCAGCCGUACGACGGAGACGAAGAAGAUGUCGGCAAAAGCAGUCCUUGGCACCUGUCGUUCUCGUUCGCGUUCUUCCUUCACGGCGAGAGUACGGUCUGCGCCUCAGUAGACGUGCGACAACACCCGCCCGUCCGCACCCUCACCGCCAAGCGCCUCGCUCGUCUGCAUACGCCGGCCGCCGACCGGCGGGGGGACAACAGGGUGAUCCUGGCACCCUUCGGACUGGAGGGGCGCGUCACGGGCCGAGAGUGGGGCGAGAACGACCCCGGCACGGCGCGUCUGCUGGACGCUUGGCGGCAGCUGUACCCGCUGGAGCAGGGCUGCGGGGCCGUGGAGGUGGAGUGCGGUGGAGUACGCAUGCCCUACCCCGCGCCCUACGCCCUACUCACCGAGAUGGAGACCUGCCGGGACGCCGCGCCGCCCGCCGCAGAGCUGGCCGCCCGGGCACUGGCCGCCCUCGCCACACCACACCCGCACCAGACGGCGGAGGUGUGCUACUCGGAGACGUCCGGCGACGCUAACGACGACUUCCUAGAUCCCACCAGAAAGACACCCUGUACCUGCGCCAAGUGGCGGCGCCGGCGGUCGGCGCGCCCCCGGCCCCCGCCCUUCCACCGCCGGCCGCCCGUCCGCGCCCGCCCGCCGCCAGCUAGCGGAUGCGGCGCGGGGUGCGCGGGCGGAGGGGGCGCCUGCUCCCCCGGCAGCUGCGGGGCCUCACCCGCCGCCGCUACCUCGCCCGCCGCCCUUACACACGCGCCACACGGACAACUCACCGCCCUGACGACGCACCAGCAGGUCAGCGUGCCGACGACGUUACACACGCCGGCCCCGACGCCCGACCCGCUCGCGCCGCCCACACCCGCCCCACCCUCCGCGCCGCCUCACAAGCUGUACGCGCAGGGAGAGUCCCCGGCGGGAGCGGGCGGGCCGUGCGCGGGCCAGCCGCCGCAAGAGGCGCUCCGACGACCGACCCUGCCGCCGCCCGAGAAGAGGCUCGACCCCCUGGAGGACGAGCACUCGCUCCACAUGCUGUACGACUACACCACCGUGCACGCCUGGCUGGAGCAUCCUGUGAAGCGCUUCAAGAGCGGCGGCGAAGCCCCCCGCGAGUCCUCCCCCGCCGGCGACCUGUACGCCGGACACGACCACACCCGCCUGGCCGCCACGCCCGCACACGUCACCCUCAAGAUAGAGAAACAGGAUCAGGAGGAUGUGAAGGAGUACAAGAAUUUGUUCACGUCGGACGGUCUGUGUCCGACGCUAAAAGAUCUCGACCAAAUAUUCGACAACUCGGACGACGCGGCCAGCGGCGAUGAGACGCUGCAGGUCCAGACGCCGCCCGACUCCAACAAGUCCAGCGAGGAGGCGCGCGGUGUCAGCGGUCGCUGCGUGCGGGCCGAGGAGCUGAGCAAGAUGUUCCCCACGCCACCCAGCAUGGAGGCCCACGCCCAGCCCUCGCCGGGGUUCUCACCGCCCGACGACCACACACACCUUCACCCACACGCCCUGCGGCCACACGGCUCCCCCCCGCCCGAUCCCGUUAUAGAGGACUGGUCGUACGUGUUCAAGCCGCCCACGAUAUGCAAGUACGUGGGCUCGUCCAAGUACGCGCCGCUCACCGCGCUGCCGAGCCAGCUGCUGCCUCCCGUGGCGCUGCCGUCCACCGCCGUGUACCGUCCGCGGUGGCAGCGCGGCGAAGAGCGAGACGACCACGCGCAGACGCAUCGCUCGGAGUCCGUCAGCGCCACCUCCGGAUCGUCCACCAACACCACCACCACCACGACGAGCGGCGUCAAGCGAUCGUCUUCCAACACGGAGCGAGUGACGACCAGCAGCAGUAGUGGCGCGGCCGAGUCCCGGCCGUCCCCGCGCCGGCUGCCCGGAGCCCCGGCCUGCCCGCCGCCCGUGUCCCCCCGCGCCCCGGCCCCCGCCUGUCCUCUGCUUCUCAACGUCCUCCUCGCCGAUACCGUGCUCAACGUCUUCCGAGACCACAACUUCGACAGCUGCACGCUCUGCGUGUGUAACGCCGGAGCGAGGACCGUCGGUAACAUCCGCGGUGCGGACGCGGCCACGUAUCUCCCCGGUGGCGACUGGGGCGGCGGACCGGACGACGAGCCCUCGCGCUGCUCCUGCGGGUUCAGCGCUAUCGUCAAUCGCCGGCUGGCGCACAGAGCGGGACUUUUUUAUGAGGACGAGAUGGAGAUCACGGGUAUAGCGGAGGAGCCCGGCGGCGGCAGCGGCGGGGGGCUGGCGGACGUGGCAGGGGUGGUGGUGGCGGCCUGCGCCGCGCCCGCGGGGGGAGCUGCCUCCGCCCUGGCUAGGGCGGCGCGGGGGGCCGCCGCGCCACCCUUGGCCGACCACCUGCGACUCAACCUGCUAGAGUACUCGGACGGCGGGGCGGCGGCGGCGCGCGCGCUGCGGGCGGCGGCCGGGGGCUCCGGCUCGUCCCUGCCGACGCCCAACAUCGCCACUGGUGCUAACAGCGCCGUUCAUCGCUGGCCUUUCAUCGGGGCUCGCGCUCCGAGGUCCUCCAGAGACGUUGUCAGAUUGAUGCGUCGCCUGCGGCCGCUCCUGCAGGACGCCAUCCAGAAGCGUUGCUGCGGUGCCCGCAUGUGGGACGGCGUGUCGGGUCCCCUGACGUGGCGGCAGUUCCACCGCCUGGCCGGGCGAGGCAACGAGGACCUGUGCGAGCCGCAGCCCGUGCCGCCGCUGCUGGUGGGCCACGACCGAGACUGGAUCUCGCUCUCGCCCUAUGCCCUGCGCCACUGGGAGCGACUGUCGCUGGAGCCCUACUCGUACGCCAGGGACGUGGCCUACGUGGUGCUGGCGGCGGACGGGGAGGCGCUGUCCGAGCCUCUCAAGACUUUCUUUCGGGAAGUGUCGGCGUCCUACGAGGCGUGUCGACUCGGCAGGCAUCAACCGAUCACCAGGAUAGCGAGGGACGGGAUUGUCAGGACCGCGCCCGCCGAAGGGGACCGCGACGCGAAUUACGAAGAAUGGACCGGCGAGUUACCACCAGGAAGAUUAGGAGAAUAUAUGAGAUCGUACGCUGAAACGUUACGGAGCAAUCUCGUUCCGCAACUUGCCGCGCUAAACGUUGACCGGACAUUGUUCGAGAACAACAAUACGGGCUCGAUGCGACCGCCCGCUGCACCGGAACGUCCGGGCACGCCGAGUAGCACCGGAGAGCAGGAUGCGGACCCCGGGCCCGGGCCCGGACCCGGCGGCCCGGGAGGACCUGGAGGAACGGCCGCCUGGGAGGAGGACGAGGCCGGGCCUCCUGCACUCGUCAUAUACGUUGUCGAGCCGCCCGCCGCACACGCGCACAGGCCACGAGCACUGGCCGCCCUGCUGCGACUCGCAUCGCAGGUCGCCAACCAUCUUCACCAUCACAACCCACUCGUCAAGAUAAUAUCUCUGGACGGCGUGUGUGAGUGGUGGGGCGCGCGCGGAGGCUGGGCGGCGGAGGCGCGCGCGCUGGCGUUCAGCGUAUUCGGUGGAGCGAGGCGUCUCAUGCAGCACUCGCCCGCCGGGAAGAGUCUCACCGGCUUCGGCACAGCCGCCACGGCUAACCUAUUCAUCAACAACAAGGAUGAAAAGAACCGUGCGCCAUACAAGCUGUUCUCGCCGGCGUGGGUGUUGUCCCCGCCGCGGGCGUUGAAGGAGGUGGCGGAGACGUGGGGCACGGCGUGCGGCGACCAGUCCAGCGUGCUGUUCCUGGCGUACUGUCUGUCGCACGACCAGCGCUGGCUGCUGGCCGCCGCCACGGACGGCCGGGGCGAGCUUCUCGACACCGCCGCCAUCAACAUACACGUGCCUGCAAGAUCCAGAAGGAAGAGAGGCGGACCGGCGAGGAGGCUGGGCCUGACCAAACUUAUGGAUUUCACCUUGGGCGUAAUGUCACAGUCCGCUCAGCCCUGGAGACUGGUCGUCGGACGCGUGGGGAGGAUCGGCCACGGAGAACUCAAAGGCUGGAGCUGGUUGUUGUCGCGGCCAAACUUGAACCGUGCGUCCAACAUGCUCCGUGAGAUGUGCGGCAGUUGUUCCCUGCUGUACCCGACCGGCGCGCCCUGCAUACUGUCAGCCUGCUUGGUGUCCACGGAGCCCGACUCCUGUCUCCGGCUCAUGGCCGACCGCUUCACGCCGGACGAGCGCUUCUCUCAGGCCUCCAUACAGUCACACCUCCACACGCCGAGGGACGUCACCGCCACGCAUAUCCUCGUCUUCCCGACCUCCGCGACCACACAGUCGAAUCAAAUGCCGUUCGAGCCUCCGAAUGCAAACGGCGAGGAGAACGACAUGCUGCUGGGACUGGAGAUGGUGGACGAGGACAUGGGCGAGGACAACAUGACGGACCUGCUCAUAGGAGACAUGUUCAUGUGGCCGGCCGGCAGUCCGCGCGCCUCGCCCCGCAGGCACGACGACGAGGCCAGCCGCGAGGGCAGUCCGGCCAGGAACGCGCAUAUGAACAACACCGGCGCCUACACCAGGGACGACGACCACCAUCCGGAGCAAGUGGGGACGGUUCUGCAACAACCGCUGGCUCUCGGCUACCUGGUGUCGACGGCCCCGCUGGGCGCCAUGCCGGGCUGGUGGUGGGCGAGCUGCUGGCACCUCCGCGACGCGUGUCCCGCCUUCCUCAAGAACGCUCUCCACCUGCAGUGCGCCGUCACCGCCCACGACGACUACACCUCGCUCACCCAACGCCGCGACCACAACGCGCACCCGCUGGACUCCACCACCACCACGGACGUGCUGAGGUACGUCCUGGAGGGUUACAACGCGCUGUCGUGGCUGGCGCUGGACGGCUCCACCCACGACCGCCUCUCGUGCCUGCCGCUCCACGUGCAGGUCCUCAUGCGGCUGUACCACACGGCCGCGGCGCUCGGCUAGACCGACCUAUACGUGUUCCAGUUAUUUGUUAAACUUUUACUCUUGUCUGUGACAUUAUUUGCGGUCCGUUGCCGUGACCCAAGCGUGUUAUUAGUGCGAGUCGUAGAGAGCACGUUGCGAGCUCCCCGAGUUUACGUAAUGGAUGUGAGCGAAUGAUGUUAUACUGUUACCUGUCCCUGUCCUGGCAGCCGCGACGAUUCUAUCAAAGAUUUCUAUUUAGAGUAUACAUGUCAGAGAACACUAACACCACUCGUUCCCUCCUCCACGGCGGGGCUCACAAUAUUAUGUUAUUAAUUACCAUUAAGUGAAGCCUUCGAGCCCCUCGCUCGCAACGCCGCCUCGCCGACUGACGAAUAAUGUUAAAUGAUUUUUGUUAAACGUUUAUAAAUCAAUUCUCUUACCCGAGGAGAGUGUAACCGUCUCCGGACGGCGGGUCCCUCGCAGAGACACACAAUAUGAAAUGAAUUUUGUAAGGAAAUCUUUUAUAUAUUAGAAGUUUUUAUUUCGAUGGCGGUUUAUAUUGAGUUUCUUGGGAGACGUCGCCGCUCGCCGCCCGCCCGCCGCCCGCCCGCCGCCCGCUUGUACAUCACUACAUGUAAAACGAUCCAAAGAAUAAGCAAUUCUUAGAUGAAAUUUUUGUUAAAUUAAUUAUAUGGCCGGUCAGUCGGCGGCGAUACAGGAGCCAAGGCCGGCGAGGGGCGGCGGGCUGGCUCGAGAAUAGUGGAAAGGCGAGUGGAACCUCCGUUGUUAGACUCUUUAGUUAUAAACGGUUUGUAGAGCGGCGAAGACGUGGAUAGUCGGUGGGGCAGAGGUCUCGCGUGUGACAAUAUCUGUAUCGAGGCAAUACUAUUUUAUUUACUCCGCGUGGCCGCCGGCGCCGUCUGAUAGCAAUAGAACAGUUUUCCAGAGCGAAGUUACCGCCACCUCGUGUGAAUAACGAUUCGUUACAUGAGCUAUGCUUUUAAUUAUGUAAUAAGGUUAGACUUAGACUAGCCGGGAGUUUAUAUUGUUAGGAAUACUAACUAAAGGUCCAAGUUUUAAUACGAGCGCGGUCCGUGGGCCCGUGGGUCCGUGGGUCCGGGGCCCGUGUGGUGGCCGUGUACCGCAGAGGUUGUCAGUGACAUUUCGUUUCAGCUUCCCGCCCGAGGGCCGUGUUCUUCCAUCGCCGUCUUUCAAUUCAAAUCAUUCUUCCGUGAUCUCACACUCCACGCUAGGACCUCAUUUUCUGUAGAGUAGCUUCCCUCGAGUGUUUCUCGUUUGUUUGUCGGUGAGGAGUAUCAAUCAGCUUUAGGUGACUCGUAUGGAUCCGAGCAUAUUUUGUAAUAAUGUUUUAUAUGUUUUGUACCCUAUGUAUAUUUCUACCGUGCGAGCGUUUGUAUCUCGAGAUCUACGUCUACCUUUAAUAUGAAGAUGAACUUUUUAAUCGAUGGUCCUCAUAGUACAUACCGGCUCCGUACCGGUCACCGCUCGCCUGUAGCCGCGGGCCCGUGCGGCGCGCCGCCCCCUCGUGACGUCACUCCGUUUUGUUUCAAGGUCACGAGUGACUGUCACGAGUGCUGUAUCACAGCUGCAGCGGUGUUGUAUGUGAUGUCGUGCUUCGUGUUAAGUGAUAUAUGUUUUGUUUUUAAACCGGUAUCGUUUACCAAAGGAGUUAGCUAUUCGCAUAGUAAUUUAGAUAUUUUUUUUAUCGACCCAUCCCUGAAUGAUUUCCGUCGACGGGGUCGCUCUGACGUCUCUUCUGUUAUAAAACGUUCGUUGUCUCAGUUUUUUAUUUAAAUAAUAUUUUUUAUAUGUAUAUAUUUAUUUUGUAACGACAUGUCUUUGACUGUGUGCGAUGAUAACAUAUUUUUAACUUUAUUAAGAGAUCAUGUAGCUUUAUAUUUAGAGGCAAAUAUACAGUAGACGAAUUGACCAUUACGACUCCUAGGCCUCUUCAUCCGCACCGUUACAUAUGUAACCAGGGAUCAAAGCUCACCGGAGAGUGAAGUGUGUAGUGCAAGGUUUACUUAGGUAAUUUAUUGUUAAGUGAACUGGCCAGAGUCUGUACAGAGAGGGAGGUGGGGGGGGGGGGUUGGGGGGAAGUGUAGGGGAUUCUAAAUACAAUGUUUUCUUAUGAUAACGGAACCUCCAAAACGGUAAUUUAAUAGUGACACCAAUAGUUUACGGUUAGUUGAAUAGUGUUAAAGAGAGCCCAUAGAGGAUGUUUGAACUUAGCAUUUGUAUAAGUAGAUGUCAUUUUAUAUAAAUAAUAAUAAUAAUAAUAAUAAUAUAUGGAAUCCAUUGCAUUUUUACCCUGCAGUGUCGCUCGGUCGAAUCUCUAGCUGAAAUUUUCUAUUUUAAUAUAGUGGAGUAAAGCUAAGUAAUAGGCAGGUGUCAGAGAUAUAUGUAAGGGGGUAUAGACAACGUGUGAUGUUGGCAGUGGGGAGGCUCGGCUCUUUAGUUUCUAUUCGUCUAUCAUUUAUCAUACAGAAAUAUAUAUGUAUGUAUGUAUGUAUCGAACAAUAUCAAAAACAAAGAUUAACGAAAUUGUUUGUAACCAAUGACCUGAUUAAGUUUAAUUGCAAAUCUAUGUGAACAGUGUGAGAUGUGACGUAGGUGCAGCGCCGGGGGCCGCCGGGGCGCGGUCGGUGCUCACCCGACACACAGAUUAUUAUAAUGUAGACACUCGCUGUCCUCAAAGUAACCGAGUUAUGGCUAGUUGAAUAUGAAAUGCUUUAAAUGUGUUACUGCAUUGGAGAAUAUUUAAUGAUGUUGUAUAUAGUAUAUAUAUUUUGUUUUGUGAAACGACAUUUUGUAAAUAGAGGUGGAAGCAUCGGAGUAGAGUUAAUUAUUUGGCCAUCCAGCCGAUGUGCGAUGGGUCACACGUUUUAAAGAAACCACUCUUAAUAUUAUGUACAGUUGUUGAGAGAAUCGUAGGCGAAUGAAUUACUUGUAAGAUUAUGUUUUUGACCUUUUUUUUUUUGUUAUUUGUGAAUUUGUCAAUUUUUUUUUAGGGAAUUGGGAUCGUACUGUAUAUAGACGUCACCGUUUUGUCAUAUAUUAGUUUGUAAGAUGACAAAUCUGAUGAUUGAAAUGGAAAUCAAAUUUUCUUAACGGAGCAGUCGUUAGAAUUUCGUAAACAAAAGUUAGUGUAAUACUUGAUAUUAAUAUAACUUUAUAAAUAACUGUGAAAAUAGUUAAUAAUAAUUAUGAAUAAAAUAUUACAUAUUUA